UUAAGCCAUGGAUGACAAAAGCUGAGUUUAGGGAGCUACGAAGAUAGGAGGACGACCGAACUUUCUGGGUGAUGGCCAUCCAAAUACCGCUGGACGAUAUGUCGUUCAUCUACUCUCAGAUUGAACGAGCAAUUGGAAAGAUCAUUCUUGCGCAUCCUCCAGACACAGAUUCUACAAGACCGACGCUGGUUAACGCGCGCUUUGAUGUUGAUCCAGAGGCAAGAGGGAAUAUGAAGGACAAACUAUGGGUCAUCACCUCCAAGGGAGACGAACUAGAAGUCAAACUGGCAUGCUCAUCGACUCCGAAAUGUCGGAUAUGCAAGCAAUUUUUUCAUGUAGAAGCGGAAUGCAGAAAAGGCGGCGGCCAGCAUACCUCAAGAGGCAACGAGGCGAUGAAUGCAAACCAGCAACCAGCGCAAUCUAGAACGGGGAAACCAAGAGAGCGAAGGUCGUCCUACAGGGGCCCUUUGGGCCUUCGUCCUUCGCAGAACGGCAACGCGGGUGGUAACUCCCCCGCAGGAGUUCCGACUGGCAUAACGACAACACUAAACCUACUGUUCUCACCAGGAGCACUGCAACAACAGGCAUCAGCGUUCAAUAUGAUGCAGCUAGCAGCAGCACUGUAUGCCGCACAUCUGCAAGGCCUCAACGGACAGUUCUGUGCAAACUGGAUGCAGCAAGCCCAACAAUUCGGUAUGGUCGGGGGAGGCCUUCCUUUCCAAGGAAGCGGCAUGGCGGGAAGAGGUUUUGGUAUGCCAGGCUUCUCGGCCUUCCAUCAAUUUCAGCCAGGCCAGGGCCAUGUGUCAUCUGGAGUGAACAGGCAAACAUCAGGAGUUGGCCUUAACAACCCAGGGGGGAUCGGAGCAACAGCACCAGGAGCGUUUGGACCGACGACAUACAAUGGAGGACAAGGGUUCUUCACCCCGAUAACUACGCCUCGCCGAGAGAGAGGAGAGAAUUUUGAGACAUCACUCGGGGGAAGACCAGUGGAAAGGAGCUCAAGUUUGCCUGUCACCGGCUCCAAGGACAGAGGAGGAGGCACAAAACCGAACUCGCCCAUAUGGGAAGCAGCGAAGACUGAGUAUGAGCUCGGUCAAGGAGCUCCGAACGGAGGCAUCUGAAGACUCAUCAGCGCAUGCGCCUUCAACAAGUAAUGCUAACGCCACUCC